CUGGAGAAGAUGCCAAUCCAGAUCUUCUGCUCUGUGUCAUUCUCCUCUGGAAAGGAGGCCCCAGGGCCUUUGGGAGAUGUUUGGGGUCCCCACCAGCGGCAGCAGCGAGACAGCUCAGAAUCGGAAGAGGAGGAAGAAGAGAAGGAAAACGAGGCAGCUAGGAAGGAGGCCAGAGAGGGGGAUUUCCCUGUGGACUUGGUGGCCUUCGCCAACAGCUGCACCCUCCACGGCGCCAGCCACAUCUUCGUGGAAGAGGGUCCAGGGCUGAGGCAGGCUCUGUGGGCAGUGGCCUUUGUCCUAGCACUGGGUGCCUUCCUGUGCCAGGUAGGAGACCGCGUUGCCUAUUACCUCAGCUACCCGCACGUGACUCUGCUGGACGAGGUGGCCACCACUGAGCUGGCCUUCCCAGCGGUCACCUUCUGCAACACCAACACUGUGCGGCUGUCUCAGCUCAGCUACCCUGACUUGCUCUACCUGGCCCCCAUGCUGGGGCUGGAUGAAAGUGAUGACCCCGGGGUGCCCCUUGCCCCCCCAGGGCCAGAAGCCUUCUCUGGGGAGCCCUUUAACCUGCACCGCUUCUACAAUCGUUCCUGCCACCAGCUGGAGGACAUGCUGCUCUACUGCUCCUACUGUGGGGGGCCCUGCGGCCCUCACAACUUCUCAGUGGUCUUCACUCGAUAUGGAAAGUGCUACACGUUCAACUCGGGCCGAGAUGGACGUCCGCUGCUGAAGACCAUGAAGGGUGGGACGGGCAAUGGGCUGGAGAUCAUGCUGGACAUCCAGCAGGAUGAGUACCUGCCCGUGUGGGGAGAGACCGAUGAGACAUCUUUUGAAGCGGGCAUCAAAGUGCAGAUCCACAGUCAGGAUGAACCUCCCUUCAUCGACCAGCUGGGCUUCGGCGUGGCCCCAGGGUUCCAGACCUUUGUGGCCUGCCAGGAGCAGCGGCAGCUCAUCUACCUGCCCCCGCCCUGGGGUACCUGCAAAGCUGUUACCAUGGACUCGGAUUUCUUCGAAUCCUACAGCAUUACUGCCUGCCGCAUCGACUGUGAGACCCGCUACCUGGUAGAGAAUUGUAACUGCCGCAUGGUGCACAUGCCAGGGGAUGCCCCGUACUGCACUCCAGAGCAGUACAAGGAGUGUGCGGAUCCAGCUUUGGACUUCCUGGUGGAGAAGGAUCAGGAGUACUGUGUGUGUGAAAUGCCCUGCAAUCUGACCCGCUAUGGCAAGGAGCUGUCCAUGGUCAAGAUCCCCAGCAAGGCAUCAGCCAAGUACCUGGCCAAGAAGUUCAACAAGUCUGAGCAGUACAUAGGGGAGAACAUCCUGGUGCUGGACAUUUUCUUUGAAGUCCUCAACUAUGAGACCAUUGAGCAGAAGAAGGCCUAUGAGAUUGCAGGGCUCCUGGGUGACAUUGGGGGCCAGAUGGGGCUGUUCAUUGGGGCCAGCAUUCUCACAGUGCUGGAACUCUUUGACUACGCCUACGAGGUCAUUAAGCACAAGUUGUGCAGACGAGGGAAGUGCCAGAAGGAGGCCAAAAGGAGCAGCGCAGACAAGGGUGUGGCCCUCAGCCUGGAUGACGUCAAGAGACACAACCCCUGUGAGAGCUUGCGGGGCCACCCUGCCGGGAUGACGUAUGCUGCCAACAUCCUACCUCACCAUCCGGCCCGAGGCACUUUUGAGGACUUUACCUGCUGAGCCCUGCAGGCCACUGUACCAAAGGCCUAGAUGGGGAGAGCUAGGAGAGUAAGGGGGCCCCCAGCUGCCCCCUACAUCUGCCCUGGGGAACCACUCACCCCUCCCAAGGCAGCCCCAUUUCUGGGCAGUCCUUUCCUCUUGACUGUGGUGAGGAAGGAGUCUUGACCAUAGAGUCCUCUCCCUGUCUCUAUACCAUUCUUUUUAUUUUUAACAAAACUAAUCUAAAAAAAAAACUAAAAAGAGAGAACUGGGCAAGUGACCUCAGGCUACCCCUCUCUGCUCCAUGCUGCCUCCCCUGGCUCCCAGCCUGAAUUCUAUGUCCGGCUGUCUGUCUGGCUGUCUGUCAUCUGAGUGUCCACCUGCAUUUUGCUGCCACCAGUCACCAAAGCCCCUCCUAGUGGUGGUGGGGUGGGGGAGGGGAUCCUCCAGAUCCGUAAUUUGGCCCCAAACCAGAGAAUGUACCCUGAAGGGGAGGGAUAGUGGUGGUGAUGGGGGACUCCCCCAGCCUUAAGAGACACUCUUAGCCCAGUGACCACUCCCCAGCCCCAAGUCUCUAGGCAGGAACUAAGACUCUAGCCUCCUCCUCCACACGCAGCAUGUGAAGUUACUAGGGAGGUGGGGGUGGGGACCCCCUGAAGAAGUGGCGAUGAGGACAAAAUGUGGCCCUGGUGCUGUAGGCCACAUCCUGAUAUUCCCAUCUCAGAGCUGCUGGCGAAAAAUCCCCAAGAGGAAGCCUUCCUCUCCCAUCCCAUCCAAGAUCCAGCUGGUUGGCUUCCAGCUCAGGGAGAGGGGCGCUGGUGCCUAAUCUCACUGGUCCCGCUCCCAGGGGCCCCUGCAGAGGGCCACAUCCAUAAAUUUUCUUAUGGAACUGUCCCAAGUCCUCUUCCCCAACUUCAUUUGCUUCUCUCAACAACCUCAUCUGCAUUUUCUAUUUCUAUGUGAUAUAGACUCUAUAUUGCUAUAUCUCUGUAUAUAUAUAUACUCUCCCCUAACUCUGUCUGUCUCUGCCCCAUCCCCUUUUGUCUCUAAGAACCAUCCUCCCACCCCAAGAACCCCUUCCCAUGUUUCUGCUCUCUCCCUGGUCUCUGAAUGCCUUCACCUGUAUAAAGAGUUGGACUCUCUCCCCUGGUGUCUGUACUGUGUACACACAUCCCUCUGAGAAGCACAAGGAGACGACAUGCGCAUUGUAACCUUCGCACUCUCUCAGUGGCGACAUAAAGGAAGCUGUGAAUCACAAGCUCUGCCUCUUUUGGCCUCACCCUUUCCUUCCAAACUGGGCAUCCUCUGUCCUCCCUGCAGCCUUAACAUUCCCUUCCCUUCUCCACCCACCCCAAUGCCUUUGUCUGGCUGCCUGUGGCCUCCCAAGGGAUGGGACUGGUAUAGAGAGAACCCUCACCCAAGGGAUGGAGAUCUGCUCUGCAUAUCAAGCCAAGGGCUUCAAAGACUGAGGGAACUAUGGAUCAGUGACUCCUGCAGGUGAAGCAGUGGGGUGCUGACUGGCAGAAGCCGCGGUCCUCAGUCAGUGGCCUUUCUCUCCUUCUAGGUGCCCAGCCCCCUUUCCUCACCUGAUACCCAAGCCCAACACUUAUAUUUUCUGGUGAGGUACAGUUUGGUAGUGGGAGGAAAGAGAGGGGAAAUUGAAAGCUAUUCCUACCUUAAAGAGAAGCGAGUGAGUUAGAGGGCCUGCUGUGCCCCCUCCACCAGACAGUCCUCCCAGGCCAGGGUCCUGCUCCUUCCCAGGCCUUUAGCUAUCUCUAGAUCUCCAACCUCAGAACAGGACCUGUGGUAGGUCACCUGUGCAUUGACCUGGAGCUGGAGAGUGAAGCUAUAGGAUCUUUGGGAAUUCUUAGUUCCUAGUAAAUAGUUCCUUAGAGAGAAGACCUCUACAGAGAGGAGCAGGAGCAAGGCCAAAGGGUGUGCAUCAGCUGGAGAACAACAGUCAGGGCUAUGGGUGACGCAUGCCUCUGGUCUAAUAAACUGGGU